UAUCCAAGUCCCAGUCCCAGAUUUUCGCUGCAGCAUUCAAGAGGCAGAGUCACUUGUCUUGCAGUCCCGGGACCCGCAGCUGGAGCAUCUGGUGCAUAAGGACCAUGUCGGGAGACAGGCACUUUGUGGAUAAGUACCGCGACGCGCUGAUCCAGAAAGUGAGCCUGGUGGAACCUGUCAUGGGCGAGCUGCUCAACAGGUUUGUCAUCGACCAGGAGAGCUACAACAGGGUCAUGGCUCAGCGCACCAACCAGGAGAAGAUGAAGGAGCUCUACGCGGGGCCCCUGAAUGCUUGCGGCCCCGAUGAAAAAGAUACGUUCUACCAUAUUCUUAAUCAACUGGAGCCAUAUCUCAUUUUAGAACUCAAGAGUACCAAAUAAUCAGAUUAAAAACACGCACACACAGUACCAGAGUCCAACAUAUAUAUAUAUAUAUAUAUAUAUAUAUAUACUAUACUUAUACGUAUACUAUAAUUUUCCCAUAAGAAAUUAUUCACAAAG